CCCGCCUCCCGCCUCCCUCCUGCUGCGAGCGCGGCCUCGGCUGGUGGCGGCACCAGCUGACAGGCUGAAGUGGUAAGGGAUCUUGCGGCUGUCAGGAUGGCAGAGGAGCAGGAGUUCACCCAGCUCUGCAAGUUGCCUGCGCAGCCCUCCCACCCACACUGUGUGAACAACACCUACCGCAGUGCACAGCACUCCCAGGCUCUGCUCCGAGGGCUGCUGGCUCUCCGGGACAGCGGGAUCCUCUUCGAUGUUGUGCUUGUGGUGGAGGGCAGACACAUCGAGGCCCAUCGCAUCCUGCUGGCUGCGUCCUGUGAUUACUUCAGAGGAAUGUUUGCUGGGGGACUGAAAGAAAUGGAACAGGAAGAGGUCCUGAUCCACGGCGUGUCCUACAAUGCUAUGUGCCAAAUCCUACAUUUCAUAUACACCUCCGAGCUGGAGCUCAGCCUGAGCAAUGUGCAAGAGACACUGGUAGCUGCUUGCCAACUUCAGAUCCCAGAAAUUAUCCAUUUCUGCUGUGAUUUCCUCAUGUCCUGGGUGGACGAAGAGAACAUUCUUGAUGUCUACCGGCUGGCAGAGCUGUUUGACUUGAGCCGCCUGACUGAGCAACUGGACACCUACAUCCUCAAAAACUUUGUGGCCUUCUCUCGGACUGACAAGUACCGCCAGCUUCCACUGGAGAAGGUCUACUCCCUCCUCAGCAGCAAUCGCCUGGAGGUCUCCUGCGAGACCGAGGUAUACGAGGGAGCCCUUCUCUACCAUUACAGCCUGGAGCAGGUGCAGGCUGACCAGAUCUCGCUGCACGAGCCCCCAAAGCUCCUUGAGACAGUGCGGUUUCCGCUGAUGGAAGCUGAGGUCCUGCAGCGGCUGCAUGACAAGCUGGAUCCCAGCCCAUUGAGGGACACAGUGGCCAGCGCCCUCAUGUACCACCGGAACGAGAGCCUACAGCCCAGCCUGCAGAGCCCGCAAACAGAGCUGCGGUCGGACUUCCAGUGCGUUGUGGGCUUUGGGGGCAUUCACUCCACGCCAUCCACUGUCCUCAGCGACCAGGCCAAGUAUCUAAACCCCUUACUGGGAGAGUGGAAGCACUUCACUGCCUCCCUGGCCCCCCGCAUGUCCAACCAGGGCAUCGCGGUGCUCAACAACUUCGUGUACUUGAUUGGAGGGGACAACAAUGUCCAAGGAUUUCGAGCAGAGUCCAGAUGCUGGAGGUAUGACCCACGGCACAACCGCUGGUUCCAGAUCCAGUCCCUGCAGCAGGAGCACGCCGACCUGUCCGUGUGUGUUGUAGGCAGGUACAUCUACGCUGUGGCGGGCCGUGACUACCACAACGACCUGAAUGCUGUGGAGCGCUACGACCCUGCCACCAACUGCUGGGCAUACGUGGCUCCACUCAAGAGGGAGGUGUAUGCCCACGCAGGCGCGACGCUGGAGGGGAAGAUGUAUAUCACCUGCGGCCGCAGAGGGGAGGAUUACCUGAAAGAGACACACUGCUACGACCCAGGCAGCAACACUUGGCACACACUGGCUGAUGGGCCUGUGCGGCGUGCCUGGCACGGCAUGGCGACCCUCCUCAACAAGCUGUAUGUGAUCGGGGGCAGCAACAACGAUGCCGGAUACAGGAGGGAUGUGCACCAGGUGGCCUGCUACAGCUGCACGUCUGGACAGUGGUCUUCCGUCUGCCCACUCCCUGCUGGGCAUGGUGAGCCUGGCAUUGCCGUGCUGGACAACAGGAUCUAUGUGCUAGGUGGCCGCUCACACAACCGUGGCAGCCGCACGGGCUACGUGCACAUUUACGAUGUGGAGAAGGACUGCUGGGAGGAGGGGCCCCAGCUGGACAACUCCAUCUCAGGCCUGGCGGCCUGUGUGCUCACCUUGCCUCGCUCCCUGCUCCUUGAGCCGCCCCGCGGUACCCCUGACCGCAGCCAGGCCGACCCGGACUUUGCCUCUGAGGUGAUGAGUGUGUCUGACUGGGAGGAGUUUGACAACUCCAGUGAGGACUAGGCUUCCCGUGCCUGGUGUCAGAGGGAAGGGAGGCUGGGGCUGCAGGGCAGUGAAACCCAUGCAGCCUAGGCCACAGCACUUUACUCCAGGGCAGGGCCGCCUGCCCUGUUGGCCACAGCUUGGGGGCCCUGCCCUCUUUCUUCACACCAGCCCCUUGGCCAGCCUGCCACAGGCAUCUCAGGGCCAUGCAGAUCCCGGCCUGUGGAUUACGUCACAGCAGGAAAUGCUUCUGAAAGGCUUUGGUCUUCCUCAGUGAGCCCUGGAGGGAUUGGCCUUCUCUCUCCUCCCUGCCUAGAUCAGUCCUUAUCCAAAGGGACCUGGGAGCUGACAGCCUGGGCAGGGGGGCUGAGGUACGUGGCAGCCCUCUUUCUGUGAAUGGGGUGGGGCUGUGGGAGCAGCUGGGGUUGGAGGAUGAGAGCUCCUGAGGGGCAGAGGAGCAGAGAUGCAUCAGCUCUCCUGGGACUGACUCUGUGAUAAAAAGACCUCUCCCGCUGGGUUUUCAGACCCCAUGUUGUUGAUCAAUGAAAUAAAGCAUCUUACAGAAGGUGUUAACGGUU